AUGGGUGCUGGGUAUGGUGCCAGGCCUGUCACUAUAGCAAGCCGGGUGGACCAGCUGAAUAUGGGUGCUGGGUAUGGUGCCAGGCCUGUCACUAUAGCAAGCCGGGUUGACCAGCUGAAUAUGGGUGCUGGGUAUGGUGCCAGGCCUGUCACUAUAGCAAGCCGGGUGGACCAGCUGUAUAUGGGCGCUGGGUAUGAUGCAAGGCCUGUCACUAUAGCAAGCAGGGUAGACCAGCUGCAUACGGGCACUGUGUAUUGUGCCAGACCUGGCACUAUAGCAAGCUGGGUGGCCCAGCCCAAUACAGGUGCCUGGGUCUGGCACAAUAUCCAGGCACCUACAUAUAGCUUGGCCACCCAGCCUGCUAUAGUUAUAGGCCUGGCACCAUACCCAGGCACCCAACCUGUAGAAGCCCUCGUCUGGCAGUCACAUUCUCAGGUUUACUGGAGUACUAAACGUGAGAGGUCAAGGAAGUACACCAGUACUAAACGUGAGAGGUCAAGGAAGUACACCAGUACUAAACGUGAGAGGUCAAGGAAGUACACCAGUACUAAACGUGAGAGGUCAAGGAAGUACACCAGUACUAAACGUGAGGUCAAGGAAGUACACACCAGUACUAAACGUGAGAGGUCAAGGAAGUACACCAGUACUAAACGUGAGAGGUCAAGGAAGUACACCAGUACUAAACGUGAGAGGUCAAGGAAGUACACCAGUACUAAACGUGAGAGGUCAAGGAAGUACACCAGUACUAAACGUGAGAGGUCAAGGAAGUACACCAGUACUAAACGUGAGAGGUCAAGGAAGUACACCAGUACUAAACGUGAGAGGUCAAGGAAGUACACCAGUACUAAACGUGAGAGGUCAAGGAAGUACACCAGUACUAAACGUGAGAGGUCAAGGAAGUACACCAGUACUAAACGUGAGAGGUCAAGGAAGUACACCAGUACUAAACGUGAGAGGUCAAGGAAGUACACCAGUACUAAACGUGAGAGGUCAAGGAAGUACACAAGUACUAAACGUGUGAAGUCAGGUUAA